AUGCGCUCUGCCGCUCUGUCCGUUUUCGGCGCUUUGUCCCUCGGGGCUUUCGUGGCUGCUCAGGAAGUUGUUGAGGAUACCGAUGCGGCUCAUGUUGAACGACCACGCUACUACUUCCCCCGCGAGGUUAAGCGUAAUUACAUUCGAAACAACAGCAACCCCGAUUCCAACACUGAUUCCAACCCAAUUCAAUCGUGGCUCGACAGUUUGACCGAGGAUGUUGCCGGAACCCCAACCACGACUUCGACUUCCGAGGCUGCUGCUAACACCGGAAAGCAUGUGGUUGUUGUGAUUUCCAUUGAUAGUGAAGGACACCGCCAUACCAUCACCACUGAGACUCGUGCUGAGGCCCAGCCAACCAACAAGGAGUCCACCACCACCGCGGUUGACGAUACCAACACGAAGGCUACCACUAACACGAAGGAUUCCACUCCCGCCACCACCACAGCCACUCCAACCACUACUUCUGCAUCCGGAAACAUUAUCGGUAAUGCUGUCAGCGGUGUCGAGAGCGAUCUUUCGAACAUCCUUGGUGGUGGAAGCACCACUACCUCGGCCACCGCUACGAUCACGGGCGCAUCCAGCCCUGCAUCCAGCGUUGCUAUCACCGAUAGCAGCGCCUCAGCUACCGCGACAACGACUUCAAAGUCUGGAAACCUUCUCAGUGACGUGAGCAGCGAUCUGUCAAAUCUCCUUGGAGGUGGCACCAGCACUGGCCGAACCAACGGUACCACCACUGGAACUCCCAGCACCACUAACAGCCUGGGUCUCACCAUCCCCGUUAGUGUGCCUGUUUCCAGCCCCACUUCCACCGCCAGCGGUGAUGCGCUCUCUAGCAUCCUGGGCGGUGCUUCGACAGCACUCACUGGCCUCACUGGUUCUGAUGCCAAUGGCACCUCAACCAGUGGCCUUGGUGGUGUCCCUACACCCCAGGCCAGUCAGACUCAGAAGUCCGGUACCCCCAGCGGCAGCUCUGGCUCUCCCUCCGGAGCUACUGGCUCCAUUCCUGUUCCUCACUCACCUAGUGCUGGCAGCACUGGCACUGGUAAGGCUAGUGGACCAGGAUCCGUCCCUACUCCCACCGGAACUCAGACUCCCAAGGUCUCGACCGCUACUGCGACUCCUACUUCCACCUCUAAGCCUGAGCCUGAGACCACGACUUCUCAUCCCGAGCCUAAGCCUACUACCACCGCUACUAGCCACCCUCAGCCCGCUGAGAACACCUCGACCGAUACUAGCGACUGGAUGCCUUCCAGCAUUUUGAUCCAGCCUACUCUCACCCAGCAGCCCACUACUGCUGAGACCGGAACUACUACUGCCACUUCUGCUCCUAGCCUGCCUGAUUCCAUCACCCCCUCCAACAGUGGUAGCGAGCCCCCUGCCGACUCUACUCUGCUUCAGAUUGGUUUCGACGGUAGCUUGCCCUGGUCCUUUGUUGCCUCCAAGGCUCUGUCGUCGUCUCAGAUCUUUGAGUUCAUUCCUCAGGCCCUGGCUCACGCUCUCCCCUACUGGGGUAGCAAGGCCGAGAUGUAUGCUCUUGAGCCUUACUAUAACUGGCAGAAGACUGGCUACAACGCCACCAUUGCCGUCUUCUACUUCCCUAACGAAGGUUUCAAGAAGCUGCAGGAGCAGAAGAACAACCCUAACUCUGCUCUCUACACCGAGGCCCAGAGUGAGACUGUCAAGGCUUUGAUGACCAUGGUUGAUUCCACCAUUCCUCUCGUCUACACUGGCAGUUGGCCAAGUGAUGACAACGAUGGUUCUUCUGGUUCCACCAGCGGAAAUGGCGGCGACAGCGACAGCGACAGCGGCAAUGGUGACAGUGGAAACACCGACGACGGCUCUUCCAACAGCAGCAAGAGUAGCGCCAGCUCUGCUGGUAUUGCUUGUGGUGCUGUCGCUGGUGCCGCCGCCUAUGGUGCCGGUAUGUUCUGGGUCGCUCGUCGUUACCGCAAGAAGAAGCAACUGCACCAGCGCUCCAGCUCUACUGCUGAGCAGAUGAGCCAGGGUGGAUCCAACUCCGGCUCUAUUUUUGGUGCCGGUAACCGUGUUUCUGGCAGCCAACGCUCCCAGAUGAUCAGUGCCCCUGUUAUGGCUGAGAACUCUCUGGGCUGGAACUAG